CUUGCGCCGGUCUAGCUUUUCCGACUCUUUGGGCGUCGUUGGAUUUUCUUUGGGCGAAGAGAUGCGAAAGCGCCGGUUCUUGGAAGCUGCAGCUCGACAGUUGGCGGGAACGUGCCCAGCCCAAGCGCGGUUUUUGCUAUGGACACUCAGCAACAUAGAAGGCAAAAAUGAAGAUAAUGUAAAUCAGGUGUGCUACUACUGUUUCCAGUUUCUUUUUCCCAAUAACUAUAGGAUGCGUCUGUUGCCCAAAAUGAAAAUAACACCCCAGAUACAAAAAAUACUUAAUUGGGAAAGAAAAAACUACAGACUUAGUUUAAAGCAAACAAGGCUCUUGAAGAAGUACAAGGAAUCAAAGAAUGCCCUGCUAAUUACCUGCAAUUCAUGCAAAAAACCAACAAGGCAUAAUGGAAUAAGUAGAGAGGAAUACAGCUUAAAAACACCAAACCUGAAGAUACCUUCAAACAAAAGUACACCUCUUAUCCAUAGUCAUUCUGGAUCCAAAAGAGGGAAAUCAUCAUCAGGCCUCAGAACUUCCACAGUUGGACCAUCUACACAUCAUUCCUCCAGGAUACAGAAUAAAGCCAAAAUCCUUUCCAGUCAGUUAAACAAAAUGCUUAACUUUGAAGAAGAUAAAAGCAAGAAGGGAAACUUGAAGAACUUCUUAUUGUCACUUUAAAAGUCUUAAAAUAAGUAAGGUCCUGUAAUUGCAGCUGAUUCAUAAAGCUGCACUACACUAUGGAAAAUGCCCCCAUGAGCAAGUAUAUACAUAUUGCCCUGGGGAAGAAGAAUGUUUUGGGUAGUGAGAUAAAUCGGGUACCCACACCACUUUUCAUUAACUGAUGAGUCACCAUAGAGGACAAAAAUGGGGAGAAGUUCUACUUGUUCUUCUAUUUUAGUACUGCUGCUGACAAAAUGUGAAAGAGAACAUUAAAAUUACUCAUUUUUAAGUAAGUCUAAGC